AUGUGCCGCCGAACAGUUGUGCUUCGAAUGGAGGAGUUACGCGUGCGGGGCAACGCCCUCUUUACCAGCGACCCUCGUGCAGCAGCGGCACUCUACCAGGAGGCCAUCAACCUCUAUGGAACCCUUGACGACAAGGCGGCGAUGCUUGACGAGUACACCAAGUGCGCCGGCAAUGCGCUGACGUGUCUCUUUAAGCUGCAGGAGUACGAGGCAUGUGCGGCGCUCGCCCACACAGUGCUGGCGGUGAACCCGUUGAUUGCCAAGGCGUACGCCUUCAUUGGGCGCUGUGCUCUGCUGCAGCCAUCCAUCACACUGCCGCGUCACGCGGGCGCACUGCAGUAUUUGUGCCGUGCUGUCUACCUACUGCCGUCGAUAGGCGACGCCACGCUACCGUCCAUCCGUGACGCACUCGAAUUGCUGCUGCAGCAGCAACAGCAUGAGCAGUGUGGGCAGCACAGUGAGGAACCCUGCAUUGAGGUGCGGCAGGGUGACUGCGGAAACUGUGUUGUGGCGGCUACACCCGUGCCGCCUAUGCUGGCGGUCAGCUCCACCCUCCACCCUUUCUCUGUCUGCGCGUAUGAAGAGGUGGAGGAGGAGAGCACCAGCAGCGGCUGCGGUGUGUGCGCCAACUGCGGUGUGGUCGUGGAGGAGUGUGCUGACGAUGGCGGCAGCGGCACGUCGACGUCGCAACAGGCGUGCAGCCGUUGCCGCCUCGUGCGUUACUGCUCGGCGGCGUGUGCAGCCACCCACGCGCCCCAGCACGAACAGCACGAGUGCCGCCUGCUGGUGCGGCUGCGGGAGAUG